UCCUGAGCACAUCCAUUCUUGAACCAAGAUCUUCCUGGACACAUCCUAGACUUGAUCCAAGAUCGUCCUGGGCACAUCCAUUCUCGAACCAAGAUCUUCCUGGACACAUCCCAUUGUUGAACCAAGAUCUUCCUGGACAAAUCCCAUUGUUGAACCAAGACCUUCCUGAAUACAUAUCAGUUUUGAACCAAGAUCUUCCUGGACACAUCUCUCAAGAUCUACUAAUCAAACCAAGUAUCAUCCUUGCUUGAUUUAGAAAUUCGAACCCGCCAAAUGAUGGACAACCAAACCAAUAAAAGCAGUUUUCCAAGCAAAGACAACAGUACUUCUCCUCGAAGCCUGGACUGGUAUUGGACCCUUCGAUGGAUUAUUGGUGUAUUCAUAAUUUCUGGUAACUCAAUCAUUAUCAUCACCGUAAUGAUCCGCAGAAGACUGCGUAACAACAUCCCAAACCAAUUCAUUGUAUCCUUAGCAGUGGCUGAUCUUUUGACGGGGGUUGUCAUCAUCCCAGCUACCUACCAUUGCUCUUUUCAUGAAUGUGAUUGGUCAACUUUGUUUACCGCGAUCAACUUCUUACUUUUUUCAUCUAUCUCUAACUUGUGUGUGAUGACAUUAGACCGAUUUCUUGCAGUUGUUUUUCCUUAUGCUUACCAGACGUUCAUGACACAACGAAAAGCCUUGUUCCUCAUGGCGGUUGCUUGGGUCAUCCCAUUCAUUGUCAGCGUUAUUCCAAUCGCGUGGAAAUACAAACAACCCUCCGAAAAAGCAUCUUACGAAAAGACUUUUAUGAUUCUACAGACGUUGAUUAUUGAAAUUACUCCUUGUAUCCUGAUGUUAGUCACCCAUAUUCCGAUCUACCUGAUCGUGAGAAAACACUCCAGACAGAUAGCAUGUCAGAACGCUUCUCAAGUCAACAACCAAUCACAAUCCAAAGCAAAGAAUGAACGAUCUACUGUCAAAGUCUUCACUCUUGUAGUGUUUCUAUUUAUCGUCUGCUACGGUUUCUCCAUAUACAGGGAGGUUUGUAGGCAGUUAGAACUGUGCAAUCCACCGUUGCAGAUCACGUUGGUCUCGCGUUUACUUUAUCUCUCUAACUCUGCCAUGAAUCCAUUUGUCUACUCUUUCCUCAAGCGAGACAUUCGACAAGUAAUGAAGCAAGCCCUGACGUCUUGUUUAAGACGGUUCGGAGAAACUGUGGAUUUGAGAGACGAGUCUGAAUCCUCAAGAAGAAGUCGUCAACCCCAUCCGAGGGAAAUGGGCCAACAACCCUAAAUAUUGAACCUAAAACUUGGCCUGACAAUAAGCAUGAAUAACUUUUUGUAAUACACGUAUCAAAAAUAUAACGCACUAGUAUUUAAUCAAGC